GCUGUGUGACCCCGCGAACGAGGCGCGCGUACAGCGCGCGUGUUACCUUCCUUGGGCCGGAUAGCUGCUUGGUAACCGGCUAGCAUGUCAGCUAGCUUGAUAAAGCUGACUUCUGAGAGCUAGCUAGCUAGCUAAAUGGCCAGCUGCUUAUAGCCAUAUUGAGUAGGUUCGGGCCCAGCAGGGACAGUCAGCUGUAUUUCUCAGCUGAAGUCGCUGUUAACUGUUAUGCAGUGUUUUGACCAUCCACAGAAAAUGACAGAAGAAGCUGUCAACAUAAAGUAAACACUGUCCUUAAUAUCUGUGUACUGUUAGCACGAUAGCCAGCCUUGUGAAAGAAUAUCCCGAGAUCUUAAAGAAGAUGAGCAAAAAGCCGCCUAUUCGCCCAGGAAUCACAUUUGAGGUCGGCGCUAGAGUUGAAGCUCAAGACUACCUACAAAAAUGGUAUCCUUCGCGGAUUGAAAAGAUAGACUACGACGAGGGGAAGAUGCUUGUUCAUUUUGAUCGCUGGAGCCAUCGAUAUGACGAGUGGAUUUUUUGGGACAGUGACCGGCUGCGACCGCUCGAGAAGCCCCCACUUCACAAAGUGGCACUAAAAGACGAGGCGGAAAUGCCUGAGAGUCUCAGCGAGAUUAGACCAUCUCGUCUUGGUGAGCUUCCUGGGAGGUCAGAGAACACAGAGGACCAAACAGAAUUACACCAAAAACAAGAUUUGAGAGAUGGUGAGGAGAUACUGGCCCGCUGGACAGAUUGCCGUUACUAUCCAGCCAAAAUAGAGAGUGUGAACACAGACGGUACUUACACAGUGCAAUUUUAUGAUGGAGUUAUUCGAUGUGUAAAACGAUUGCAUAUAAAAUCAAUGCCAGAGGACGCUAAAGGCCAGUCACUUCUGGAAAGCAGAUGGAUGAAUCAGGACUGGAUCGCGUUGGUGAAAGCGGCCUCAGACGCCGUGAAGAGCAAGGGGACCUGCCGACCACGUACGAGUGCCAACAGUAACAGAACCAAAGACAUGCGGGCGGUGCUGAGGUCAGACAGUGAGGCUGACGAGGCUCCCGAGGACGAGGAGCCCGACCCUGAGAAGCCAGAGAGCCUGAUCAUGGAAGGAGAAGCCUGUCCGUCGCCAAAGGAGCUUGAAAUGGUGAAAAAGAGAAAGACCAGACUGAGGAAACCAGUUAAUGCAAGGAAAGGUCACCACAAGAAAGGCAUCGCAGUCUCGCAGUCAACAAGUGAGGAAGUAACAGAAGAGCAGACAGAUGAAGCCAGAGCCUCAGAAGAGCCCCUGCAUGCGUCUUUUGAAGGAACGCAAAAAGCAGUAAUGGUGGGCGAGAGUGUGCCCCCCCCUCCUGCUCCAAGAGCUGCCCCCCCUGCCCAGAACACCCCCAAGCCUCAAAACGUUGAGCUGAAGCUGGACUCCAGCGGGAAUGAGGGGUUAGGCAGGCUGUCCGCUGAUGGGGAGGACGCCCCAGCUGGCAGCCCUGGGCUGGGCCCUGCAGAGGAGGCUCAUGCUGUGGGGGCUGUUUCCACUGUUCCCAGCACCCCACGAAACACAGAGCGUCGCAGGCGCUCCCAGCGGCUGGCCCCCUUCUCGCCCGCCAUCACCUUCGACCCGGUUGCCACAAGCCCAACCCCUCUCGAUGCACAGGACACAUCCACUGUGGAGAAGUCACCCCCCGACGAGCCCGUGGUGGAAUCGCCUGAAUCGGCGCCCCCUCCCCCACCACAUCAACCCCCCCUCUCAGUGCCGGAGAAACAGCCUGAUGGUGAUGCUUCAAGUUGUGGUGCAGCUGGAGAAAAGCUUGCUCCUCUGGCAGCUGAUGCUGGUUUGAAGGUUCCAUCAAGAAAUAAGCAAAACAAGCACACUAGAGAACCAAUAAUAAACCUAAAGAAAUCUGAAGGCUGUACGUCCCCUAAAGAGCUACUCAUUGACUUGGACCACAACAAGUUCAAAUGCAAGAUUCCAGAAUGUGGCAAGGCCUUCCGGAAAGCCAAGCUGCUAGAUUACCAUCUCAAAUAUUACCACAACACAGACAAGGAGGUGGAACUAGAGGCAGCCUCACCGCCGGGGCCAGGCCGGAGCAGAACCGCCUCUACGUCCCUGCCGGCCACCAGCCCAUUUGAGCCUCUCGUCUGCAAGAGGCAUCGGACCGUCUCCAGCUCCUCUUCCCUGUCCCCUCAAGGUUGUGCCUUAGAGUUUGAGCCUUUAGAUGGAUAUCCGAAACCGCCCAAAUUCAGUAAGAAUUCAAAUUCAGUACUCUCACUCAGUACGGGCUUGACUGACAUCUUGCUGGACUUUCCAAGGAAAGGCAAGCACUUGGAGUGUUUGCACGGUUUUGACCCCAAGAAGGUCAUUGAGAAAGACAAGACCCUACGCCCAGGGCUAAUAAAGACUGAGAAGAAAAACAAGUUUGAAGAGAAGGCCCAGCCAAUAGGAAAAAAGAAAGAGAAGGAUAAGGAUCGCAAAGACAAAAAAGACAAGUUUCCCUUUAGAGUUAAACAGAAGAAGAAGAAAAAGAAGAAAAAGAAAUCCAAGCAGCAGCACAGUUACGUGGACUUUGAGGACCUGGCCUUCGUGCGGAGGUGCUCCUCUCCCCUGAAGCACUGCUCCAGCUCCUUCAGCCUGCCCUCCGGCCCCACAUCCAGGCUCCCCAAAGCCAUCCUAUCAGUGGACCUCACAGGCGAGGACCUGUCUGACAUGGACUCGCUGGAGGACUCCACCACUGAGAGCGCCCUCCUCAGCGGGGACGAGUACCGGGCCGAGGACAGCGCGGACCUCGAUUCACUCGCCAUGGAACCCUUCCAGGAGGAAGAGGAUUACCCCAGCGACAUUGUGCGCUGCGUGUGUGAGAUGGACGAGGAGAACGGCUUCAUGAUUCAGUGUGAGGAGUGCCUCUGCUGGCAGCACAGUGUGUGUAUGGGCCUGCUGGAGGACAGCAUCCCCGAUCAGUACAUCUGCUACAUCUGCAGGGACCCCCCAGGUCAGAGAUGGAGCGCCAAGUACCUUCGUGAUAAGGAGUGGAUGACCAAAGGACACAUGUAUGGGCUGUCCUUCCUCACGGAGAACUACUCGCACAGCAACGCGGAGAAGAUCGUCUCCACGCAUCGGCUUCUCUCUGAUGUCUACAGCGUCAAAGAGGUGCUGCACGGGCUGCAUCUUAAGAUGGAUAUCUUACAGAACACGCAUGACCCAAACUUGCACUUGUGGGCCCAGUCGUGGGUGAACGCGGAUGAGAAGCAUUUGGCGGGCGGCCUUCGGGACUGCAUGCAUUUCCAAGAGCAUUCUCCUGACGAUGCGAACCAGGAUCCCCACGUAGACACCUACAUUGCCAGUGAGCACAGCUACCAGAAACCCUCAGGGCCAGGAUUGGACCCUUGGCCCACCGUCAGGGAGGAUGGGGUUCGGCUGGGGCCGGCCCUGAUCAAAGAGGAGGAGGAGAGGACGGCGAUCAGCGUUUCCAGCUUCCUGAAUGCCAGUGGCCCCGAAGUGUCUGAACAGGAAAGGAACUGCCUUGAGUGGCAGCUGAACCUGCUGACUCACAUCGAGGACAUGCAGAGCCAGGUGGCAGGCAGGAUGGACCUCAUCGAGAAGGAGCUGGAUGUGCUGGAGAGCUGGCUGGAUUUCAGCGGGGAGCUGGAGCCUCCAGACCCUCUCGCCAGGCUCCCCCAGCUCAAACGCAGGAUCAAGCAGCUCCUCACCGACCUGAGCAAGGUGCAGCAGAUAAGCUCACUGUGCUCCGCCUGAGCCAGGAUCCUGGAGCCGCGGCGGUGACGUCGUGGCUGCCUCGUUCCUCCCCAGCGUGGUGCUUUUGCGUAAAUGACAGCUCUGGUUCUCACAGUCCAAGCACAGCAUCGAGAUCCAGUAUCUGAGGCAAAGAAGAUGCAGAUGGAAUUAGGUGAAAAUGAGAUGUAGCUGUAUCCAGUAACUAUAAGACACAAGAAAGUUGAGCAACCUAAGAAACUAUUUAUGUUGUGUUCAGCAGGAAUUAGAUUCAUAUAAUGGGAAAAAUGAGCACUUUCCUGUAUAUGUUUCCUACAUGAGACCUACAGAUGUGAGGAAUGACACACAAAGGUCUCCUGUUGCCCUAAUACAGUGUGUUUGAUGUUGGGUGUGUAAGAACUGCAAAUAAUGUGGAAGUGAUAGAAAGGGAGCUUACCUUUCAUGUGUAAAAUGAUGAAAAAUUGGUUAAAUUCUUGGAACGCACGAAUGUGUCACCUAGAACAGGAAGGGUAGCAUUUCUAGCCUCUCUCCUGGCCUCUUACGGGAGCAUUACUGUAGAAGUUCAGCCUGCCCUUCCAUUCGAGGUCAAAUAGGUGAUUAAUUCUGUUGACCUUUCUAGGAUUUUAUAUCUGUAAACCUGACUUCAUAACAUAGCUGUUGUGCCAAGUAAUGAAGAUGUACAACUCAGAAGUUCUAUGUAGCAGUGAGCAUGGACAUUGGGUUGAAACUGCAGAUUUCUUUUUUUUAAAAAAAAAAAAGACGUGUGACACGUUUAUUGACAAAGUAUUUUUGCUUUUAGUCAGAAAAGGUGCUUUCUCCAUAACAUUGGUGUGUUCAGAGAAGUCUGAAGAGACUUGGACCAUGUUGGUUCUGUCCGCGGCCAUUUGAUGUCCAUCGACGGGCCUAGGUUUGGCUGGUCCGCACCCUGUACUGCAAGCCUUCUGCAGUUAGCUAGCGUUAAACUGUGUGCUUGUUGCAGAUAAGAGCAGAAAAUAACAUGGUGAAACACUUUGAGGUUUUGAACAGUGUACAGUUUUUGUAACAAAAGCAAAAGUAAAUAAAAUGGCUACGACUAUUUGGCAUUUCUAGUAAUCUGUAUAUAGUAUGUUUUAGAAAUGGUAUGGUAUGAAAUUCAAAGUAGACAUUCACUUCUGUACCAGCUGUACAUUCAGAAUUUUAUUAAAAACAUGGGCUGUUCUGUAAAAUACUAUAUGUAAAACUGUUCAAUAAAAAUAUAUUAAUUCUCA